AUGUUGAUGGUUAUUUUCCUUUUAGUUUCAGAGCCCACCAUGAAGAGACUCUUGGUGCUUUGUGACUGCCUCUGGGCCUGGAGCCUCCUCCUGAAUGCACUGACUGAAAGAAGCUACGGACAAACGUCAUCACAAGAUGAACUUAAAGACAACACCACAGUAUUUACCAGGAUAUUGGAUCGUCUGCUGGAUGGCUAUGAUAACCGCUUGAGACCAGGACUGGGAGAGCGUGUAACUGAAGUGAAGACUGACAUCUUCGUCACCAGUUUUGGGCCUGUUUCAGACCAUGAUAUGGAAUACACUAUAGAUGUAUUUUUCCGCCAAAGCUGGAAAGAUGAGAGAUUAAAAUUCAAAGGACCUAUGACCGUUCUCCGGCUAAAUAAUUUAAUGGCCAGCAAAAUCUGGACACCUGAUACGUUUUUCCACAAUGGAAAGAAGUCAGUGGCUCAUAACAUGACAAUGCCAAAUAAACUAUUACGAAUUACAGAGGAUGGGACAUUGCUAUACACAAUGAGAUUGACUGUGAGAGCAGAAUGUCCAAUGCAUUUAGAAGACUUUCCUAUGGAUGUACAUGCUUGCCCCUUGAAAUUUGGAAGCUAUGCUUAUACCAGAGCAGAGGUUGUGUAUGAAUGGACACGGGAACCAGCAAGGUCAGUAGUUGUGGCUGAAGACGGCUCUCGAUUGAACCAAUAUGAUCUCCUUGGACAAACUGUGGACUCUGGAAUUGUUCAGUCCAGUACAGGGGAAUAUGUUGUUAUGACUACACAUUUUCAUUUGAAGAGGAAGAUUGGUUACUUUGUCAUCCAGACUUAUCUGCCAUGCAUCAUGACAGUGAUACUCUCACAGGUGUCCUUCUGGCUUAAUAGAGAAUCUGUUCCAGCAAGAACUGUAUUUGGAGUGACAACUGUCCUGACAAUGACUACCCUGAGCAUAAGUGCAAGGAAUUCGCUCCCCAAGGUGGCCUAUGCCACUGCCAUGGAUUGGUUUAUAGCCGUGUGCUAUGCCUUUGUGUUUUCUGCACUCAUUGAGUUUGCAACUGUGAAUUACUUCACAAAGAGAGGCUAUGCAUGGGAUGGCAAAAGCGUCGUUCCUGAAAAGCCAAAGAAAGUGAAGGAUCCUCUCAUUAAGAAAAAUAACACUUACACAGCUGCAGCUACAAGCUACACCCCUAAUAUUGCAAGGGACCCUGGGCUGGCAACCAUUGCUAAAAGUGCAACGAUCGAGCCCAAAGAAGUUAAGCCAGAAACAAAACCUGCAGAACCCAAGAAAACUUUUAACAGCGUCAGUAAAAUUGAUCGACUAUCAAGAAUAGCCUUCCCCUUGCUUUUUGGAAUCUUUAACUUAGUCUAUUGGGCUACCUAUUUAAACCGGGAGCCCCAGUUAAAAGCUCCAACUCCACAUCAAUAACCUCAUUUAUUUGUACAGUUCUGUUUUGUCAUUUGCUCUGGGAAUUGCUUCCCGUUUUCACAUACAGUAAUUCCCAUUUGCUUCAUUGCCUCUGUCUUAAAGAAAAUAAAGGUUUCUUUAUUUAACAAAAGGUAAAAUAUAUCGGUAUAUUUUAAAAACCUGUGGGUGAGAGAGAGAACAAUAUAAGCUAUAUACUUUAGAAAAGUAAUUCUGAAGAUGGGAAAGAGUUGUAG